UCAGCCGCUGGGAGAAGCCAGCAGCCUGGCCUGCCCCUUCCCAGCGCCUCGCCGCUGGGCUCCUCUUUUGCUCACUCCCAUCAGCUGGGGGUGGUGGUGGGUCCACUGGGCCCCGAAGGAGAGCCCCAAAAGAGAACUGCCAUGGAUUCGUGGAUCUAAGUGGCCACAUCUGUCCCGAAACUCCUUCUCCGUCUGACCCUCGUGGAAACCCAGCUCUGCCCCGAAGAGGAUGUCUUCCAUGUUCGGCAAGCCUCGAACCACCCCCUGCGCUACCGAGCGCCACCUCCACAGCCUGCUCCCAGAAUGCAACGUGGCCAUCUUAGGAUGUCGAGGGUCUGGAAAAUCAGCUCUGACGGUGAAAUUUCUGACCAAGAGGUUUAUAAGUGAAUACGAUCCUAACCUGGAGGACACAUACGCUUCGGAAGAGGUGGUCGACCAACAGCCGGUACUGCUGAAGGUGAUGGAUACGGCUGACCAGGUAUGGAGAGCUGAGCGUCAGGAUGCGCCAGUAAGCUGUGAACGCUACCUGAACUGGGCCCACGCCUACCUGGUGGUCUACAGCAUCAACAACCGAAAGAGCUUUGACGGGUCCCAGCAGUACCUGGAGAUCCUCGCGCUCCACUCGAAAAACGCCCAGCACGAAGCCCCCGUUCUCCUCGUGGGAAACAAACUGGACAUGGAACAGUACAGGCAGAUCACCAAGGCCGAGGGGGCCUCUCUCGCCACCAAAUAUGGCUGCUUGUUCUACGAAGUCUCGGCCUGCCUGGAUUUCGAGUCCGUCCAGCACGUCUUCCACGAGGCCGUUCGGGAGGUGAGGCGAGAGAUGGAGCGGCACAUGGCCGUCCGCCCCCUGUUCAUCAUUGAGGAGAAGUCCCCCCUCCACCUCCUCCCGCCAGCCGCCGUGGCCUCCAAGCACGGCCUGGCCACCUUCAACACGCUCUCCACCGUCAACUACAAGGAAAUCCCCUCAGUGGCCCAAGCCAAACUGGUCACGGUGAAAUCCUCGCGGGCUCAGAGCAAGAGAAAGGCCCCGACGUUGACUUUGCUGAAGGGCUUUAAGAUAUUUUGAGGUGAGCCAGCACAGUGGCGCGACGGACCAAAGAGGAAAGGAGCCCCCGCCAAGGGACUGCACAGAACCCUGGGAGCUAUUUGGCGACCAUUUUGAAGACCAACAUUCUGCAGGUUGUGCUGCUGUGGCCCUGCAGCAAAGCACUCUGGGAGAAGCAGUGGACCAGACUGUGGGCAAACCAUGGAUGAAAGGGCCCCAGAGACCUCCUGGAUCAAACCAAUGACCAAACCGAUCCCAACAUUUCUCACAGCACUGCCUACCACAUUUGAGCCCUGGCUGUCCUCCAAAGAAUUCAGGCCAGUGUUCCUGGUUCUCUCCCCCUCUGUUUAAUCUUCAAAACAGAGGGAGGGAGAUUAAGAUGAGAAGAGACAGUAGCUGCCCCAAGGUAGAUCGCCAUGGGUAACCGCCCUGUCAGUCUGUCUGUAGUAGCAGAAAAGAGCAAGAGUCCAG